ACGCGGCUGGGGAGGGAAGCGGGCGCGCGCUAGGACUCGGGCGCGCCGCCGUUCAGAGAGCAGGUGGCCGCGCGGGGGCUGCAGGCGCCGCGCUCCCGGAUCCCCGGCAGGGCAGCGUGCCCGCGCUAGGGGCUCCUCCGCGCGCCCGGGGCUGGCCGAGCCCGCAGCGGAGCGAGGCAGAAGCGGGCAGCUGGUUGGGUUUUUCACUCUAGGAGGUUGCAGAGGGCAGAUCGGAUCAGCCCUCCCCUGGGGCAGGGCCCUGGCGGGGGAAGAGAUGUGACCGAGUGAGCCUCAAGAUGGAAGGGCAGCCUGCCAGUGGGAGCUGGGGCCCUCUCACAGUCCCUUGGAAGGGGGGGAAGGUGAGGAGGAGAGACCCCCAGGCCGGCCAGGCUCUCAGGUUUCCUCAGAUGAAAGGUCUCGCCCAGAACAUUAUCCGCCUUUGCCUUUUUACUUCCCCACACACGAAACAUUCUCUCCCCGCCCCUCAGCUAUUCAGGCGAGGCCCGGAGAGGAGAGUGAUGAAGGCGCAAACGGACUCGGUGUAGUUGGGAGGCUGAGCGUUAAAGAGGAUGAAUCGUGCUCGGUGCUCGAGUUAUGCUGAUGAAGGCUCCGCACUAAGGCUGGCAGAGAGACAUGAGUAACAACACGGGCCAGCGCACUGCAAUCUUCGUGGUUCUCUUUGCUUUGAUCAUGCUGCUGAUCAUCUACAGCUCGAACAGUGGGAACGAAGUUUUUCACUACACUGCCCUGCGAGGGAAAUCCCACCGUCCCCCCAACCUCAAGAAAUGGGGGGUGAAAAGUGGAUACCUCCCCGUCUACGGAAACAAGUCCCUGAAUUCCCAUUGCCACCAGUGUGUGAUCAUCACCAGCUCCAGCCACCUGCUGGGGAGCAAACUGGGCUCGGAGAUCGACCAAUCGGAGUGCGUCCUCCGCAUGAAUGACGCCCCCACCACCGGCUAUGAGGCAGACGUGGGCAACAAGACCACGGUCCGGGUGGUGGCUCACUCCAGCGUCUACAGGGUGCUGAAGAAGCCGCAGGAGUUUGUCAACAAGACCCCGGAGACCAUCCUCAUCUUCUGGGGGCCGCCCAGCAAGAUGCAGAAGAGCUUGCUCAAGAUCCUCCAGCACGUCAGCAUGUCCUUCCCCAACAUGUCGGCCUACGUGGUCUCCCCCGGGCGCAUGAAGCAGUUCGACGACUUGUUCCGGGGAGAGACCGGGAAGGACAGGGAGAAGUCCCGGUCUUGGCUGAGCACAGGCUGGUUCACCAUGGUGAUCGCCGUGGAGCUGUGUGACAAGGUGCAUGUUUACGGGAUGGUCCCCCCUAACUACUGCAGCAGGAGACCUCAGCCUGGCAAGAUGGCAUAUCAUUACUACGAGCCCAAGGGACCGGACGAGUGCACCACCUACAUCCACAAUGAGCGCAGCCACAAGGGCAACCACCACCGCUUCAUCACGGAGAAACGGGUCUUUGCCAGCUGGGCCAGCCUCUACAACAUCACCUUCUCCCACCCAGCCUGGGACUAGGGGCUCCCCGAGGAGACAUGGAGCCAUUCGAGUGCCCGACCCAGCAGCUGGUGCCAGUAGUGGGAUAACUCCACCUGGAAGGGAAAACAUCUCUUGGAUUAACCCUGUGAGCCAUGCUGGGCUCUGAGGGAGGAGGCCCCGCACCACAGGCUGCCCCGGUUCACUGUCCAGGGCCAGAAGGACUGGGUGAGGGGAGGAAGGGAUUGGGAUGGUGCCAGUGACCUGACUUGCAGUCCCAAGGCCCAGGGAGGGCUGCUACGCACCGGGCACUGCUGGAUUCAUGGUGUCCCCUUCCCCCGCACCGGCCACACACCUAGUGCACUUCGCUGGCUCCCUGCUUUGAGGUCACCUCACUCCCCCGCCGGCGAUCAGCUCAGAGGCCCAAGAGUGAGUGGGAACAAUCCCUGGCUGCCCAGAUGGAACAGCUGACCCCUUCUUAGUGCUCUGGGCGGCGGCUCUGGUCUCGCCUCUCUUGGCUUCUGGAGAAUGUAUUUCCGAGGUGGGAGGACUGUAACCCUCUCAGCUCCGCUAGGCUCAGUUCAAUACUGAGUCUGUAUUGACUGUACAGUG